AUGUUCAAGCAAACACAAACUGGGACAUGGCUGGGGGCAUUCGUGCCGGAGUCAUCGGCAUGCCUUUCUUUCUUGCUAAUGUUCUGUUCAAUAACACAGUCAACCACCGGCGGAUAUGACGGCUCCAUGUUGAACGGGUUGAAUAUUUUGCCCUCGUAUACGGAUUACUUCCAACUAACUCCGGCGACAACGGGUCUAAAUACGGCUUCUGUAUUCAUCGGCGGCAUUCUCGGCACGCUCAUCUCCGGUAUCAUGACCGAUAGACUCGGCCGGCGUCCAGCCAUGUUUUGGGCGUCCGUCAUUACUUUGAUCGGCACAGCCAUUCAGGCGGCAGCCCAGAAUAUCGCCAUGUUCGUCGUCGGUCGAAUUAUUCUGGGCUUUGGAAGUUCUGUUUCGGGAGUGUCUUCCGGCGUAUUCCUAUCUGAGACCUUUCCCAGCCGCUUACGUGCCUGGGGACUCGGAAUGAUGAACGAUUUCUAUUACGUAGGGGCAUUAAUAGCGUCUGGAGUUACAUUAGGGACUGGGCAGUGGCAAUCAACAUGGGCGUGGCGGCUACCAUCGUUGAUACAGGGUAUUUUUUCGCUUUUUUGCAUUAUCAUACUACCCUUCGUUCCCGAAUCACCGAGGUGGCUUUGCCAUCAAGGAUAUUUUGAGGACGCGCGGAUUUCCGUGGCGCAAACAAACACCAAUGGUGAUCUGCUAGAUCCCGUCGCUGUCGCAGUGUAUAAGGAGAUUCUUGACGCCAUCGAGUGGGAGAAGAAAGAAGGCCGGUCAAUGAGUCCAAAGGAGAUUAUCAAGACCCCUGCCACAAGGAAGCGAUUCCUCAUCGGAAUGUCCGCAGGCCCCUUUUCAUGUGUCGCUGGCAAUAUUAUCGCCUCGUACUAUUUGGGUGCUGAGCUUCAGACCGCCGGAAUUACCGAUUCAACAGACCAGUUGAAGGCUAAUGUCGUAUUAAAUGUCUGGUGCCUUCUGUGCGCCUUGGUCGGCACACACAUGGUGUCUCAGUGGGGCCGAAAGCCCACGGCCCUCGUUUCGGAAGCGCUCCUCGUUAUAUGCCUCUUUAUAAUCGGAGGGCUUUCCAAGAUGUAUGCCGAUCACCCCGCAAGCGCUUCUCAAAGCCUCAUAUAUGGAAACGUUGCGGUGAUGUUCCUGUUCCAGGGAUUUUACUCCAUAGCUUGGACACCUUUGCUUUACCUCUAUCCCCCAGAGGUCUUUUCGGCCAAUGGUCUGGCUGCCUCGACGCUCUCUUUAAACACUCUUGCAUGCGUGUUCGUAUUCAUCAUGCCCAUCGGCCUGAACAAUAUCGGAUGGAAGAUGUACAUGAUUAACGGUUCUUGGGAUAUUGUUAUCGCUAUACUUAUCGCGGUAUUCUGGGUCGAAACGAAGGGCAAGACACUAGAAGAAAUAGACGCCCUGUUUGAGGGCGAAAAACAUUCUUCCGUCCCUGGCGUGGAGAUGAUUCGGACUGGACAAGCUAAGCUCGACGCUGACACGAUGGAGCUGUCGAGUCUGAAUUAGUGAUUAAUUCAGCAGUGGAGCUAAGACAGAUUAAUUUGCUUUUCGAAUAAGUAAUCAAGUGAGCAAGUGAGCAAUUAACUAUAUGUCAAGCUGCCGUUGUAUCGAGAUAUAGUGGUUCGUGCGAAGCUCACCCACGCACUUUUCUAUACAUAGGUACCUACCUAGGUAGGUAAUCAUCGAUCACUACAUCACUAUCACACAUAUGCUCAUACGCUCAUAUAGUGGUACGACGGCUCUAUAGUCUCAUUCUAGAGGUCUAGAGCUCCCAGCUCCGACUUAUAAUAUAUUUUUUACUACCCUUCAAAUGUUCUAGAUACGUUUUACUUCAUAGUAAGCGCUCAAACGCCUAACGGUAGUCAAUACCGCUCGUUAGCCUAAAUGAGUGUAUCUACCCCGAUAUUGCUAGCUACUCUUUUGCCAAUCAGUUAUACUAUAUGUAUCGUAGUAUUCAGUAUGCUAAUUUUGAAAUGGUUAAGAGUACUCCAAGCUAUUUCAGGCUAUUUUAACAUCGUCCAAGCCACCCGGGAAUUGGAAGUAUGAAAUCUAUACGCAAUAUAAGAAAAAGACGUUUUAACUAUUAGCCCCUAUAAUCAAAUAAUAUGGGAAAUCCCCG